AACGAGUUUUUAGUUUUCAAAUAGCGAAAGAGAGAGAGUGUGUGUGUGUGUGUGUGUGUUAUAUAAGCCAUGGAAGCCAAAGCCAAUGCCUCUCCAAACUGAGAGAGAGAAAGGGAGAGAGAGAGAGAGAUAUGGGGGAUUCAAGCGAUUCAGUGUCGGUUGAUAUGGAGGGGAUCGCAUUUGGCGGAAAGGAGCAUCUUAUAAAAACUUGUCACGGUCCUGUGUCUGUUGCUGUGUUUGGGGAUCAGGACAAGCCAGCUCUUGUCACUUAUCCUGACUUAUCUCUAAAUCAUGUUUCCUGCUUUCAAGGAUUAUUCUUUUGUCCAGAAGCAUGUUCGUUGUUACUACACAAUUUUUGCAUAUAUCAUAUCAGUCCUCCAGGACACGAGUUGGGAGCUGCUGAUAUUGGUCCUGACAACCCUGUGCUUUCUGCUGAUGAUUUAGCAGAUCAGAUUGUCGAGGUUCUCAACUAUUUUGGACUUGGCGCUGUGAUGUGUUUGGGGGUUACAGCUGGAGCUUACAUCCUUACCCUAUUUGCAAUGAAAUAUAGACCGCGUGUUCUUGGUCUGAUACUUGUUUCUCCUAUAUGCAAAGCACCCUCUUGGACGGAAUGGUUGUAUAAUAAGGUAAUGUCAAAUUUACUCUACUUCUAUGGCAUGUGUGGAGUGGUGAAGGAGUUAUUGCUUAAGAGGUACUUCAGCAAGGAUGUUCGUGGCAAUGCUCAAGUACUAGAGUCUGAUAUAGUUCAGGCUUGUAGAAGAUCUUUGGAGGAGAGGCAGAGUUCAAAUGUUUGGCGGUUUCUUGAAGCAAUUAAUGGGAGACCUGACAUUACUGAGGGAUUGAGAAAACUACAAUGUCGUUCUCUAAUUUUUGUUGGGGAUAACUCACCAUUUCAUUCUGAGGCUCUCCACAUGAUUUCCAAUCUAGAUAGUCGAUACAGUGCACUAGUUGAGGUUCAGGCAUGUGGGUCAAUGGUGACAGAGGAGCAGCCCCAUGCUAUGUUAAUACCAUUGGAGUACUUCCUCAUGGGAUAUGGCUUGUACCGGCCAUCUCAAUUAAGUGUCAGCCCAAGGAGCCCCUUGAGUCCAUCUUGCAUUGCCCCGGAACUUCUCUCCCCCGAAAGUAUGGGCCUAAAGUUGAAACCAAUUAAAACACGAAUUUCAUUGGAAGUCUAAAAGGAGAAUAUGUACACUUACCGGUUAGUAGCGUGUAACUUACCUAUUACUAAAAGAAAAGAAAGGAAAAAGAUGGAAUGUGGGGAAAUUUGCCUUCUGUAAUCUAUCAUAUAGAUUUUGUAUUUUCUCUUGAUUGGUUGGGGAUGAUAAAGUGAGAGGAUUGAUAGGGUGUUGUAGAUAAAAGGGGGAAAAGGAAAGAUGUAAGGAAAAAAAAUUUAGAAAAGGAAGUAUAUAUUGUCAUUCUUUAAUUUGUAACCAUCUAUGUAUGUUAGUUGAGGUAGGCUGAGCUGUCUGUAAAUCCUCAAAUAAUUAUUCAUCAGUGACGAACAAAUUGUAAUAAUAAGAACAAUAAUUGAUGGUGACUUUGCUUUUUUCAAGUUUUAAAA